UUAUCACCACAGCAGAAACAAUCAUCCAGUUUUAGAUCUCUAAUCUUUAGAACACAACCCAAAGGAAAAAUCUUGCCGUUAUUUUCCAAUGGAUCACUCCUCUAUUCAUUUGUUGUCCCACCUUCACCUUCAGGCCUUGUGGACUUCUUUGAUUAUUAUUGUAGUUUUUUGCAUAACCUUUCUCAAAGGCUUUGGUCCUCACUUGUUUAAAAGAACCAAGAAACAAAAACUACCCUUACCCCCCGGUCCCAAACCAUGGCCUAUAAUCGGUAACCUUCCUGAAAUGGUUGCAAAUAGGCCUACGUUCCGGUGGAUACAAAAAUUAAUGAAUGAAAUGAACACCGAAAUUGCAUGUAUCCAACUAGGAAAUGUCCAUGUUAUUCCCGUGACUUGUCCCACCAUUGCUUGUGAAUUCUUGAGAAAACAAGAUGCUAAUUUUGCUUCUAGACCCACAAGCAUGACCACUACUCUUAUUAGUCGCGGAUAUCUCACCACAACCCUUGUACCCUUUGGGGAACAAUGGAAGAAAAUGAGGAGAAUUGUUGGUAACGAUUUGUUGUCCACCACCUCCCACCAACGACUUGAAUAUAAGAGGGUUGAGGAAGCCAACAACCUUGUAUUUCACAUCUACAACAAUUGCAAAAACAAUAUUGCGAAUGGUAAUAAUAAUGUUGGCCUUGUGAACGUGAGAGAUGUCGCACAACACUAUUGUUGCAAUGUGAUGAAGAAAUUGAACUUUAGUAGGAGGUACUUUGGGGAGGGUAAGAAGGAUGGAGGGCCUGGUAGUGAGGAAGUGGAACAUCUUGAUGCCAUUUUCACAAUGCUUAAAUACAUUUAUGACUUUAGAGUUUCUGACUAUGUCCCUUGCUUGAGGGGACUUGACUUAGAUGGUCAUGAGGGCAAGGUGAAGAAGGCCAUAGAAACUGUGGGCAAGUAUCAUGAUCCCAUCAUUGAGCAGCGAAUCAAAGAAUGGGAUGAAGGGUCCAAAAUUCAUGGAGAGGAUUUCCUUGAUAUCCUUAUCUCACUCAAAGAUGCCAACAAUAACCCGAUGUUGACUACACAGGAAAUCAAGGCACAAAUCAUAGAAUUGAUGAUGGCAGGGGUGGACAACCCAUCAAAUGCAGUCGAAUGGGGUCUUGCAGAGAUGAUAAACCAACCCAAGUUGCUUCAGCGCGCAACAGAAGAAUUGGACAAGGUAGUGGGGAAAGAGAGACUGGUCCAAGAAUCCGACAUUUCAAAGCUCAACUACAUAAAAGCAUGUGCAAGAGAAGCUUUUCGUCUUCACCCUAUUGUGCCUUUCAAUGUUCCCCAUGUCUCUAUCAAAGACACAAUAGUUGGAAACUACCUAAUCCCAAAGGGUAGUCACAUAUUGUUAAGUAGACAAGAAAUUGGGCGAAACCAAAAAGUUUGGGGUAACGAAGCUCACAAGUUCAAGCCAGAACGUCACCUGAUAAUGAAUAAGAGUGAGGUUGUUGUUUUGACGGAGCCAGAUUUGAAGUUUAUUUCGUUCAGCACGGGACGACGUGGUUGUCCAGCUAUCAUGCUUGGUACCACAAUGACUGUGAUGCUAUUUGCUAGGUUGCUUCAAGCCUUCACUUGGACUGCACCACCCAAUGUGUCACGUAUCAACCUUGCUGAGAACAAUCAUGAUAUUCUUCUUGGCCACCCACUUGUGGCACUAGCAAAACCAAGAUUAACACCAGAGCUUUAUGCCAUGCACGACAAGUAGUAUUUGUCUUUUUUUUUCUUUUAUUCAUAAGAAUUAAAUACGGUAUCAAGAAAUGCUAAUAGUAUCAAAUCUGGAUUGUUUAUUUUAAAUUAUAUAUUUUGAAAAAAAUAAAAAUAAACAUUUGGUUUUA